GAGAGAGAAAUACACACAAAAACAUCGACUCCAUUUUUUUUUGUAAAUCACAAAUUCACAACAAACAAUAGGCUCAUAAAAAUAACUCGUAAAUGUAACUUGAAUAUUGACAUUACAGAUAAAAAUUUUGUUGUUAAACAAAGUAAUAAAUAAUUAUUUAACAGCUGUAAAAAUAAUUUAAACAAUGGGGGUUAUUUUUUUGGAGCACAUUGGUGGUUCUCGAUUGUUUUCUUGUGCAUCAUGUGACACAAAUUUAACAAACAGAGGUCAGCUGAUUAGUACAAGAUUUACUGGAGCAACUGGACGAGCAUUUCUUUUCAAUAAAGUUGUCAAUCUCAAUUACAGUGAGGUACAAGAUCGUGUUAUGCUUACUGGUAGACACAUGGUUAGAGAUGUAAGCUGUAAAAAUUGUGAUGCAAAAUUAGGAUGGAUUUAUGAAUUUGCAACUGAUGAUAAUCAACGUUACAAGGAAGGCAGAGUUAUUUUAGAAAGAGCACUUGUUACUGAAAGUGAUGGAAUGGGAGAAAAUAUUUAAAUUACAUUAAUAUUAUUAUAUUUAUUAUUAAGUAAAAAUAUUUAUAUUAAUUAUUAUAUAUUUAAUUAACUAAUUAACUAAAGACUUUAAUUUAAAGUGUCUAAAUACAAUAUUCAAAAUACAAUAAAUAACAUUAAUUGAUAC